AUGGGUCUGCUCCACCGUGUUUGGUUAAAAUUAACACCAACUAAAGCUUUACAGCACUCAGCUAGAGAGGAGGCUAUGUUCUUUGAAUAUUUGUACCGCGUUACGUAUUUAGAAGGUAUUUACGUCACGUUAUAUCUUACAAAUGAAUCCAAAUCGUACAAUGGACACAUUGAGCACGAGUUCAACCAGAAAUCUAAAAUGAAAGGAAUAUUAGGAAUCAUUUGGAGGAAAUUAACAAAUACCAGAGCAUUGGUAGAAUCCAGCGGUAAACUUGAAACUCAAUACUUUGAGUCAAUGUACCGAGUAAUAUACUUAGAAGGUAUAUCAUUCUCAGAGACAAAUAUAGGCUAUUGGAUAUACAGCUCCACAGUAAAGUCACUGAUACUCUUGCUGGUUUUCAGCGAAGUAUGGCAAUUUGUCAGCGCACGACUGACUAUAGAUACUAUUAUAGACAGCACCAAUAUUAUCGCUAUUCAGAUGAGUGCAUAUUAUAAGUAUAGAAGCAGGUUAGUACACAAGAACGUGUUUAGACGCCUCGCUUCGUCCAUGAAUUCCCCUAACUUUGAUCUAUCGACUGCCGAAAGGAAAAAGUUAUUGGAAGUUUGGCAAAAGAGAAAUGAGGCGCAUUUGAAACUCCUUUUGGCUCUUGGGACAUGUACACUUAUAGCUUGGUACAUUUAUCCCUUAGUAGAUGAACUAGAUUACAACCUAAUGGUGUCUGUUCGUUUGCCCUACGACUACCAGAAUUCCACUCUAUACCCUAUAACCUAUGUUGCCUUGGUAGUUAUCUUCUCAUAUGUGUCGUACUUCGUGAUGGUGAAUGAUCUGACUAUACAAGCACAUUUAAUGCAUUUGCUGUGCCAAUUCGCUGUGUUGAAUGACUGCUUCAGAAAUAUUUCGAAGGACUGCGUUGAAGACUGUAAAGAUCUGAACGACAGUCAAUUGUUUUCGAAAAAAAAAUUUCAACAAAGGUUCAUAAGGAGAUUGGGAGACCUGACAGAACAGCACAAAUUUCUUUUAAACAUCACGUCACAGCUUCGAGAGAUCUUGAGUAGGCCAAUGUUGGCCCAGAUGGUUGUUAGCACUACUCUCAUUUGCUGUAUUGGUUUUCAAGUGGCCAUUUCUGUGAAUGUUAACUUCACGAAAUGGGUAAUGAGUCUACUCUACUUGGGAUAUAAUAUGUUUGUACUCUACAUAUUGUGUCGAUGGUGCGAGGAAUUGAAAAUACAGAGCACAGCGAUUGGCGACGCGGUAUACUUCUCAGGCUGGGAGGGCGGUAUCACCAAGAUUCCUGGUGUGAAGUCCAGCAUGCUGCUCAUCCUGGCGCGCGCCAACAAGCCGCUCGUCAUGUCCGCGGGCGGCAUGUACGAUCUAUCGCUGGAGGCCUAUGCUACUAUGGUUAAAACGGCUUAUAGUGCUCUCACUGUAUUACUCCGGCUUCGAUGAAAUAACGUCGAGUCAACUAGCACGC